AUGGCCGACAACGAAGUCUACCAAUACUCCAUCAUAUCUGCCCUCGUGGACGGUGUCGCAUCACACGGCACGCCGAUCUCCCGCGUUCUCGAACAUGGCAACCACGGGUUGGGCACCUUCCGCAACAUGAACGGCGAAAUGAUUGUGCUCGAUGGCGAGGUCUACCAGAUGAAAGGCGAUGGGUCGGUUCUGCGCAUCGACCCAGAAGAAACGGUGACGCCUUUUGCGACCGUUACCCGAUUUCAACCUGAGGUUACAUCGAAAGAUACGAUCUCGAGUAAAAAAGCAUUUGAGGACAUUUUGACGGGACUUUUUCCCAAGGCACGGAAUCACUUUUUGGCCGUGAGGUUGGACGGUGUGUUUCGGAAGAUUGUGGUGAGAACUGCAGGUGGCCAAAUCCGGCCGCGGGAGGGGAUGGUGGACGUGUGCUCACGGCAGACAACGCACACGUUUGAGAAUGUGACGGGUACCAUCGUUGGGUUCCGAUGCCCCCAAUAUGUCAUGGGGGUCAAUGUGGCCGGGGACCAUUUCCAUUUCAUUACAGACGACAGACAACGUGGUGGGCACAUCCUUGAAUUGCAGUCGGAAGGGGAAGUCGAAGUCGCGGCUGCGCAGAUGUCCACGUUUUACAUGGAGCUGCCGACCGAGGAUGACGAAUUCAACGAGGCGGAAUUGAGGCUGCAGGCCCAGAGCAUCAAAUCAGUGGAGGGCUGA